AUGCUUCGCGCUGCCCUUUUUGCUGCCCGGUCGACCCAAGGAAGGCCUGGGAACCUUCUGCGGCCGACUGCCCAGCAUGUCAUUCGGCAUAGCAGCAGUCUCCGCCGCGACCAGGCCCCUUCGCCGACGAUGGUUCCACUGGUUGGACUACAUGCACCAACAGCGCCCGGAACCCCUGGGCACCGGAGCCAUCACCUCCCCAGUUCCGAUGGUCUGCUUUGGACCGAUCUCCGAAAGACCCACACCCCGUCGGCCGCCUCGGGGUCGGCUCCUUGCAGUGGGGGUGGCAGUGGGCCAGACACCGGGAUCACCGGGCCCCUGGUGGACGACCUGCUUUCCGUGAGUGGCACCCCUCUGUCAGACGACGGGCUGGACCUCUACUAUCAGGGCCCCCCGACACCGCACUACAGCCAGAUCUCCGGCGGCGGUGUUGGUGGCGGUGGCGACGCCGCCACCCAGUCCUUCGGCCUUCUGUCAAACCUGGCCGAGCGGAACCUGUCCACGGCCAACUUCUCGCCGAGUAAUGACAGCCUGAAUGCCGGGACGACCUCUGAACCCGAGUUCGACGUGGCAUUCGAUGCGGAAUUCAACCAGGCCAAUCGCAGCAUGCCUACUUUCGCCCCGUCCUGGAAGGCGACUCUGCUGUCCACCACUGCCACCACUGCCCAUCCGACGCAUCCCUCGCCGCCCCGGGUUGCCGAUUGGGCACACAUUGACCAUGCUCUCAGCAGCCACUUCCAACUGUCCUCCCUGCGGCCGAUGCAGCGUCAGGCCAUUGAAGCCCAUAUUCAGGGCAAGGACAGUCUGGUUCUCCUGCCAACCGGCUCGGGCAAGUCCAUCUGCUACCAGCUACCGGGCAUCAUUUCGCCGCACCUCUGCUUGGUCAUCAUGCCGCUUCUGUCACUGGCUGAAGAUCAGAUGGCAUCCCUGCGGCAGCUUGCUCUCUUUUCCGCCUCGGCGGAGGUCCGGGCUUCGGUCGUGGAUCCGGGUGGGCCGGAUGCCCCAAACGGCCCGGAUGCGGUCCAUUUUCUGAACUCCUCAACUUCGACGGAGACCCGGAGGAGAAUCUUUUCUCAGCUCAGCAGGGGCAAUAUUCGCUUUCUGCUCACCACGCCGGAGACCCUCCAACAUAAUCGUGCUCUGCGAGACACCAUCCUCGCCCUUUAUCACCGGAAUAAGCUCGGCAGCAUCAUCGUCGAUGAGGCCCACUGUGUUAGCCAAUGGGGCCAUGACUUCCGCCCGGCCUAUGCCAUGAUUGGGCAAUUCCGUCGACAGGUGCCGAAGGUGCCACUGAUGGCUCUGACCGCCUCGGCCACGCCGAUUGUCCAAAGCGAGGCUGGCCGCAUUCAGGUCCCAGGGGCGGGGGCGCAUGGCCCGCGUGCGCGGCACCCGGGCCCGGCGGUUCGCGCUUCCGCGAGGGCGCACGGCAGCUCCCCAUGGUGUGUCGCCCCCUGA